AUGUCAAGUAAGAUCAUCUCUGUUAUACUGUGCACUCAAAAUUUAAUUAAAAACGAGAAACCAGUUUUUAAUAUUGCAAAAAACUUACAAAUUAAACUAUUGGAAGAGUUUGUAUACCGGUGUGGGAAGUUGGAAUAUAACCUAAUAUUAUCUAUUUCCACUAUACUUGAUCCAAGAUUUAAAGAUAUAUACUUUAUAGAACCACAAGCCAAAUCAAAAAUAUUAAAUACACUAGUAAAUUUGAUCGAGGCACAAAACCCAUUUGCAAACAACGGUGAGAUCUUGAAAAAUGAAGUAGAAGAUAAUGUUGAUUCUACUAAUAGUAAUAAUUAUAUUGAUCUUUGGAGCCUACACAGGAGUCUUGAGAAAAAACAAAAAAAUAAAACAAAGUCUGGAUCUCUUGCGAAAGAUGAGAUACAUUCUUAUUUGGAUAAAUCGGUUAUUGGACUCAAAGAAGAUCCGAUUAUUGAAUGGGAAAAUAUCAAAGGAGCUUUUCCAAAUCUAUAUAAACUAUCCAGACAAUAUCUUUUUAUAUCAGCCACAUCAGUACCAUCAGAAAGAUUGUUUAGUAAGACCGGUAACAUUAUGACUAAAAGUAGAAAUAGAAUAUUAGGCUCUAGAUUGUCAAAACUAGUAUAG